AUGCCUGCAGACUUUGCAUCGACUGAGAUCAAGGAUUUGAAGAAGAUCACACAGCGGGAGGCACAUGAACUCCAGCUGUCCGUGCAGCAAAACAUCGAAUCUCUCCACGGCGGUGAAGCUGUCGGCAUAGUAAAAAAUCUCACAAUCAAUCACCAUCCCAACAAUGCACCCAUCCAGGCUUCAGCCAACGACCCCUACUACAAGUUGAUCGAGGCCCUCAACCUCCAGCAAGCGGAUUCUGAGGGCUUUCUGGAGAGAUGCAGGCGUGGAAUAACUCCAGGUACCUGUAAAUGGCUUCGAGAGGAUGAGCCCAAGUUUGGGGAAUGGAUCGAAGGCAACAGCCGGAUUCUUUGGGUCAUUGGCGGACCUGGAACUGGCAAAACCAUGCUUUCCGUGUCCAGCGUCGACCAUAUACAAGUACAGAUCAGACGCAGAGGAACCCCGGCUAGUCAGGAGAACAAGCAAAGUCACCGCCCCGACACACUGGCUUACUGCUUUUGCAAUCCCACCCAGGCGAAUACGAUGCACGCCAUCAUCGGCAGCCUUCUCCGGCAGCUCAUAAAUAAUCACCGUGGGCUUCUCCAAACGCUGGUUAGCGAAAGGGUGACGUACGAUGGCGACCAAUUGUUCGCAGUUCUUAAACACAUCCUAAGACAGCUGGAAGCGCAUUUCCGUUAUAUUUAUAUUAUUCUCGACGGCGUCGACGAAUGUGAUGUUACGGAGGGCAAAAAGCUCGUCGGCAGUCUUCUUGGGUUCGUGAAAGAAGGCGAUUUGAAGACGAAGAUACUUGUGACAAGCCAGGAAGAGGACUGGAUCGUGGGCAAUCUCGAUGCCAACAAAGUUCCACAAAUCCGUAUUGGACGGAGCAACAUUGCCGGCGACAUCAAGAAGACAAUAGAACACCAGAUCGAGGUGGCACACCUCGACGCCAAGAUCGGUUCGCAAUGGCAAGAGACGCUCAAGAACCAUCUCUUAGAAAACACUCGAGAUACAUUCCUAUGGCCUACCUUGGUCAUCAAAAAUCUUGAAGAGUAUGGGCGUACGUCCGACGACCUGGACUUUGACAACAUGAUUGCCGAGAUUCCUUCCGACCUCUACGACCUUUACGAGGGAAUGAUGCGCAGGAUCUACCGCCGCGUCUGCCAGCACCGUUUCACUCUGGACGAGGUUAACUUUGUGCUGCAGCUUGUCAGCGUAGCGAAACGGGACUUGACAAAAGAGGAGAUUGACAUGGCUUUUGGUAUAUGGAAAAGGAAGACAGCAGGAGGCCCCAAGGAGGUGCCAAACCUUAACAGCAUGAGAUCCAUGACCUACAAAUCUUGUUUGCCGCUUGUAUCCGUUGACGAAAAAACCCAAGUGGUCUACCUCAUGCACAAUUCUGUCGCCAAAUACCUCAUGACCAACAGACCUUGCGUGGUACGGGAUGAGAUGUUCAGUGACGCGCCUCAUCAACCUUCCGGUUUAUCACUACGAUCUUUGGCCGACGGGACAACAAAACACCCAAGCUUUCAAAUUGAUCCAUCACGCGCUAACUUUCUCGUCCUGGACAUUUGUCUUUGGUUCCUCAACAUAUGCGGAAUCAACAGCGAUGAAGGGAUGUCCAGGUAUGAGCAGGAACUUCUUUGGGAUUUGGAAUUGGAGAGUCCGGACUCGGAGGGGCAGGGACAAAAGAAAAAGGCCCCUGUUUUCUUCAGCUAUGCGAGGAAGUACUGGCAAUACCACGCACUGGACACGAUGGACCUUGAUCAAGCCACCCGCGAGUUACGGAAACUACCCAACAUGUCAAUCUUGCGGGACAGGCUCCUGCUGAGCGCCGCUGAGCGCGGCCACGCCAGAAUUCUGCGGAUUCUUCUCAAAGAGAUGGGAGCAAGUCCGAAUGUGGCAGCGCGGGACGGAAAAACAGCUCUUCACAUUGCUGCCCUUGGUGGACAUGUUGCUACGGUCCAGCUGCUCCUUGACCAUGGCGCUGACCUCCACCAGAAAGACUCUGUUGGUGCGACUGCCCUGCACUGGGCUGCGGGAGGGGGUAAACUCAAUAUCGUGACUCAGCUGUUUCUGGAUGUUGAAAUGCCCGAUGAAGAAGGCGGCACACUGCUCGCCUGGGCGCUUGAAAACGGCUCCAAAGAGGUUGUCGAGUUUCUCCUUGUAAACGGCGCCAAGACGGACAUUAGGUAUUUUCUAGACGCUCGACGUACAGUCGUGGACAGGACAAACCUGACAACUCUGCUUCAUUCCAUUUCGGAGCUGCUUGAAGAUCUGUUCGGCGGGCUCGAAAUGACGCAGCCAGAAGGGAGGCAAAGAACGCCACUGGCUCGGGCUGCCGAGCGUGGGCUUGAACCAGUUGUCCAACUAUUACACGAUUAUGGCGCCGACCCUAACUUCAAAGAUCUGUUGGACCGCGCUCCUGCGUGGUGGGCUGCCAAGAACCGAUAUGGGGGAGUGGUCGAGACGCUCAAGAGGCGAGGCGCCGAGUGCAACUCGCAACUGAGGCUCGCCGUUUUGAGAAAGGAGAUACCGGCAAUCAAGACCCUCCUCGAAAUGGAAGAUGUGGAUCUGAACUGGGAAAACGAGCGGGGAAUUUCGCAUGUCUGCUCUGCUGCUGCCAGCGGGGACAGAGACGUGAUGGAGGCACUGCUGGAAGAUGAAAGAACUGAUACGGAAUCCAAGGCCCACACCUUUUCGCCUCAUGCCCCUGGGAGUUGCCGCACUUAUUGGUAA